AUGGACGACGACUACGCAAGUUCCGAGAACGAGCAAGACGAACUGAUGGAGGACGCCGAGGAUCUCGAGGCCGAGAAUGACGCCGAAGAGGAGAACGAGGACGAAGAGGAGGACCCGGACGAUCAAGAUGAGCCGGAACCAGAGCAAGAGGUAGAGCCGGAAGCUGACGUCGGUGAAGCCGAAGCCGAAGCCGAAGCCGAAGCAGAGGGCGAGUCCGAGUCCAUCGAUGCUUCCCAGGCGCUUGGUGCCGAUGGACAAGCUACCAGUCGAGAUGCCCCCGCCGGCGCAUCUGCCGCGCCGACAAGCCCGGCGAUCGCGUCGCAAUGGCGUCCCGUCCUACGACAAGAGUACAUCGAUGCCCCGCUUUAUGACAUCGUGCCGACCAUGGCGGCUCCCCAGGCCACGAGCAUCAACGCGCUGGCGAUUACCCCUGAUCUUCGGUACUGGUUAACAGGAGGGUCGGAUGGGUACAUCCGCAAGUACGACGGCGUGAAUACCAUAAACGGCAAGCAACAGCUCACUGUUGCCCAACGACACCCAUUCGUCGACAGCGUCGUCAAAGCAGGCGUGCUGAUGAGCUACUGGGAGAACGAGGAACCCGCGCCCCCGAACGCGCGGCCCGAAGAUAGGGUUCUGUCUCCUGUAUACAGUUUGGCCGUACAUAGUCGGGCGCUGUGGCUGCUGAGUGGCCUCGAGAGCGGCGGCAUCAACCUGCAGAGCGUGCGCCAUGACGAGGGCAAGAGGAUACACUGCCUCCGCGAGGGCGGGCACACGAAUGCCGUCAGCGUUCUGCAACUCGCGCCGGACGAGAAGAGCGUGCUGAGCGGGAGCUGGGACAAGACGGUCAUCGAUUGGGAUCUAAACACGGGCAACGUCAUACGCAAAUUCGAAGGGAGCGGCGGUCAAAUCUCAGCCAUCGAGCUGCGCCCGGCCAACGGCGCGCCCGUCCCCGCCGAGGCGAGCCAGGUCGAGGUGAAGAGCGAGACGUUUUUCUCCGAGACCAAGCCCCGGGCGAAUGGGUUUUUCCAAGAUGGCGCGGCCGACGGAGCAAACUCUGGCGCCAACGGGACAGGCACGGUUGGAGAUGGCCCGGGGUCGCCGGAGCACGAAUCUCUCUUCGGUAGUCCGGCCGGAUCCCUCUUUGGCGAUAAUGACACCAUGGGCGGCGGCGGCGGGGGAGCGUUUGGUGAUGAUGACGACGAGUUUUCACGGGCCAUGGACAUGGGGCUUCACGACGACUCCAACACUCAGCCCUUGGAUAACUCGGCAGAUUUCACUAUGGGUGAUGCCGACAUGCCCACCGGCUCCGGCUUGGAUACGGGCGGGCAAUCCACAACAGACGCCCCCCCACCAGCGCAAGAAGGACCCAGCCCGCCAUCCUCCCACCCCAACGGUGACGGCCCUUCAACCCCCUCCAUGGUCUUUUCCUCGACCGCACCACCACCCCAGAGCGAUCCAACCCAAACUUCGGCCAACACCUUCCUCGCCGCCGCCAUCGACGGCACCAUCCGCAUCUGGGACCGCCGCGUCCCCAACCCGGUCGCGCGCAUCAGCAACCGUCGCGGGGUGCCUCCCUGGUGCAUGGGCGCGUGCUGGUCGCCCGACGGCAACUGGAUCUACGCGGGGCGGCGCAACGGCACGGUCGAGGAGUUCUCGAUCCACAACGCGACCAGCUCCUGGCUGCCGGAGCGCACGCUCAAGUUCCCCGCCGGCUCGGGCGCCGUCAGCUGCGUCCGGCCCAUGCCCAACGGCCGCCACCUCGUCUGCGCGUCCCACGACAUCCUGCGCCUGUACGACCUGCGCGACACCUCGGCAUUCAAGCACAGCAAGGUGCCCUUCAUCAUCAUCCCCGGCCCGCCCAAGGCCGGCGUCAUCUCCCAGCUCUACAUCGACCCGACCUCGCGGAUCAUGAUCUCGUUGGGCGGCACCAGGGGUUGGGAUGGCACCUCUACCGAGGUCAUGAUCGGGUAUGAGAUCGCUGUUGCUAAAUAG